CUUCGCUGAGUGUUCUCGGAACAGUAUGUCUUUCACAUGUGUUACGUGUUCAUUUCAUGGACAGUCGUUGUUUAUCCACAUUGUGGAUGUGUUAAUUUUGUGAAGAGCUUUUUUUAAAACAUUUUUUGUUGUUAAAUUCAACCGGCGCCCUUGUCAAGUCUGUGAUCAGCCAUGAUGAAGAUCGUAAAUUCGUGUUGACACGCAUGUGUUGUUGACGGCUUUUACCGGCUACCACUGAUAGUGAUAACUGAGUCCGCAUUCAGCACAUUCAAACACUGUCUUAGUUCAUAACUUUGUGACAUUGAUAAAGACGCGUCUUGCAGCUUUAAUUGGUGAUUAUCAAUAUAUGAAAUGUAUCAACCAUAACAGUUCACGUAAGAAUUUUUUUUGUACACGAAUAAUAACUAAAAAGAACAACUGACUAACCCUUGAUUAGUUAGUAUGUAUUGAGUAUAACCAUUUGUAAUUGUAUCAUUAUUUGUUAUAGUUAGGUGGACCGGUGGACUAAUUUCCAAAAACACAAGGGGCAGGUGCCAGUUUUAUUAAUACUUGUUCUUUUAAUUUGACCUUAAAUAUGACGUCAUGAUUUUUUUUUAAAGUCGGUAAUCACACAAUUCGAUAUAACUGGAUUAACUAUUAACUAGAUUAACUAUUAGUAUUAGAUUCUAGUCUAGUCUAGUCUUAUGUUAUGCUUCAAGGUAGCAGUUUUAGUUAGCUCUUUUUUUUUUUUUUUUUUUUUUUUUUUUUUUUUUUUUUUUUUUUUUUUUUUUUUUUUUAAAUAUAAAAAUAAAUAAAUUAUUAUUACUUUUUAAAUGAUGCCUUAAAAUUAUAUUAAAAAAAAAUUUAAACCAUUAAAUAGUCGAGGUCAGUGGUUCUCAAACUAGGUGGUACCCAGUGGGGCGCUGAAAGACUUGGGAUAUAAUAGGGGACACUGGUACUCCCAAACAAUAAUAUAUUUAUGAAUAACAUAGAAGUUCUUAUAAAUAGAUACAUAAUAAUCAAAAUUACUAUUAAGUAACAACUUAAAAUAUAAAUAUAGUAUUUUAAAUAAACACAGCCUGAUGAAUGUAAAUGACCCCCCCCCCCCCCCAAUCAAGACUUUCCACUCGCUUUGUACCUAGAUUUCUGCUUCCGUUUUUCUGGCAACGUUAUUCUUUUUAUUAGUCUUAUUGUCCUGUCUUUACACUUCAAGCAUCCACGUACCUAUUUCCUUCACAUAGCUUGAGCACCAGUCCUUCAUUUAGUAUCCUUUGCAUAAAUGUAUUGUGAGGACCCCUACGAGCCCUUCAUACCCCACCUGUUAGUUUGACAGGUCACUAAACGUUACCCCACGAUGACCUUCAUACCCCACCUGUUAGUUUGACAGGUCACUAAACGUACCCCCCACGAUGACCUUCAUACCCCACCUGUUAGUUUGACAGGUCGCUAAACGUACCCCCCACGAUGACCUUCAUAGCCCACCUGUUAGUUUGACAGGUCACUAAACGUACCCCCCACGAGCCCUUCAUAGCCCACCUGUUAGUUUGACAGGUCACUAAACGUACCCCCCACGAUGACCUUCAUAGCCCACCUGUUAGUUUGACAGGUCACUAAACGUACCCCCCACGAUGACCUUCAUAGCCCACCUGUUAGUUUGACAGGUCACUAAACGUACCCCCCACGAUGACCUUCAUAGCCCACCUGUUAGUUUGACAGGUCACUAAACGUACCCCCACAAUGACCUUCAUACCCCACCUGUUAGUUUGACAGGUCACUAAACGUACCCCCACAAUGACCUUCAUACCCCACCUGUUAGUUUGACAGGUCACUAAACGUACCGUUUCAUGCGUUAACUCCGCUCUGAUUUAUUUUUUUCCACCCCUCCAGUUUGACGAAGCGGAACUUUUAAAAUAUCAACGUGGGUCUCACAUUACGUCCUCAUGACACCUAGAGCACUCUUGUAUAAACGUGGGUCUCACAUUACGAUCUCAUGACACCUAGACCACUUUUGUAUAAACGUGGGUCUCACGUUACGAUCUCAUGACACCUAGACCACAAUAAGUAUAAACGUGGGUCUCACGUUAAGAUCUCAUGACAGCUAGACCAACGUUGUUUCAAACGUGGGUCUCACGUUUAAGACUCCAUGACACCUGGACUACAAAUAUACCCUUCCUGACAUUCCGCUAUUUCCGUUUUUAUGCUUGGGUGAUUUAAAAAAAAAAAGUUCGUCGUCCUCUUUAAGUUACGUGCUGUGAACACUGAGAACAGAGCAAGUGUGCAACCAUGAGAUGGGGGCAGAGCAAGUGUGCAACCAUGAGAUGGGGGCAGAGCAAGUGUGCAACCAUGAGAUGGGGGCAGAGCAAGUGUGCAACCAUGAGAUGGGGGCAGAGCAAGUGUGCAACCAUGAGAUGGGGGUUAAGAUAUGAGGCGUUGGAGGAGGGUGUAUUCAGAGGAUGAGGCGUAGCCCGAAGUGAGUACCAAGGAAAGCUGUAUGGGUAUAGAGUGGAUGUCACUGGUUACGGUACUUUGGGUGUGUGUGGCCAACGCUGUGGUUGAGGGAUAUAUAGCUCUACGGCAUUACAUCACCUAUGUAUAGAACGCAUUAGAUUUGUAGCUUUACGGCAUAACAUCUCCUAUGUUUACAACGCAUUAGAUUUGUAGCUUUACGGCAUAACGACUCCUAUAUUUACAACACAUUAGAUUUGUAGCUUUAUGGCAUAACAUUUCCUAUAUUUACAACGCAUUAGAUUUGUAGGUUUACGCCAUAACAUCUCAAAUGUAUAGAACGCAUUAGAUAUGUAGCUUUACGGCAUAACGACUCCUAUAUUUAGAACGCAUUAGAUUUGUAGCUUUACGGCAUAACAUCUCCUAUAUUUACAACACAUUAGAUUUGUAGCUUUACGGCAUAACAUCACCUUUGUUUAGAUCACAUUAACCAGUCGCUAAUUUUUUUUUUUUUUAUAGUCCAUUAUAUUAACUUCACUUUUUUUUCUUGGCUUUGCUAGGGACGCAAUCUUCGUACGGCUAAUUGACCAACUUCCCGUCAACAUAUCGAGCUGAAACCUGGCACAUAAACUAUUUGCUGCUGACCACACCUUCUAUACAAUUUUCAGCCCCGAGAAAAGUAAUACAUUAAAGUCACGCAAUAAGUUGAAACAUAAUAAUAACACAAUAUAGUAACACGAUAAAAUAACACAGUUCAAGCGCUAUUUAAAUUUCUUUUCCGGUUUAAAAUUUGCGAUUUUUGAGUUUUUUUUUGUGUUUUUUUUGUUGUUUUUUUUCUAGAUUAAACCCACAGGACCGACACUGCCGAGUAGAGAUGGCGACAGACAAGCCGCGUUCUUUUCACGCCAAGGUUUGCGUGAUGAUGGCCGCCACGGUUCUGCUGCUCAGCGCGUGCUCAUCUGAAGCGAAGCGUGUCGUCCUGUUCUCGGUGCCACACGUGGCAAAUGUCAGGACGCACACCAACGUGGGCCGCGCGCUGACCGCACUGGGGCACGAGGCGUACGUCUGCAUACCCCAGUUCAUGCUGGACGAAAAGAUGGUGAAUGUGGACGGCGUCAGCGUGGUGCCGUACGGAGAUUACCUCGGCAACGUCGAGGAGCUGUUCUUCGGGAAAUCCAUCGAGAAGAUUUGGAACCGGGAGAGCGUCGGCGUGUCACACAUGAUAAAUUUUUUCCAAGCCAUGAAGGAGAUGGUCCGCAAAAUCCUCGGGGACGAAGCCCUCGAAUCCAGGCUGAGAUCCCUCGAACCGGAUUUAUUCGUCAUCACGAACUUCCCGCCUUUCAAAAAUUUCGUCAUCCUGCCUUACAAACUGGAUGUGCCCUUCGUGUACAUGAGUCCGUUCAAUGACCUCCCGUCCCAGCGCGUUCCGUUCAGCCCAUCCGCCACUGCAUGCCCUAUUUCGGCCUCCUUCAGCAACGAAGGCAUGACGCUCGUGGACCGCUUGAAAACGGCGGUGUGCAACGUCAUGAUCUUGAUCAUGGACCAGUUGGUUCUGGACGACAGCAUGGUCUCGGAGUUCGCCCCGCAGAGACCCCAGAUCUCGGUCGAGGCGAUACAGAUGAAGGCGGAGCUCUACAUCGUGGAGAGCGAUCACGUGCUGGACUUCGCCAAGCCGGAGCUCCCGAGCAUGAAGCUGAUCGGGUGCACCGCCCCGAUACCAGCCAAACCCCUGAAAGAACCGUUCAAGUCGUUCGUCGACUCCGCCCCUCGAGGCGUUGCCGUCGUGACCUUCGGAAGCAGCGUUGUCAACCUCCCACCGGAUGUUUCCGACAAGAUGGCGUCCGCGUUCCUGCAGCAAGAUCUACACGUUGUUUGGAGAGUAAACCUCUCUUCACCUGAUCCCGUAAAGAUUUUAACUUCGAAAUGGGUCCCCCAGAAUGAUAUUCUCGGACAUCCCAACACGAAGCUUUUCAUCUCCCAUUGUGGCGCCAACGGCCAGUACGAAUCUGUCUACCACGGGGUGCCCAUGCUGUGUCUGCCGUUGGUGGGCGACCAAUUCUACAACGCCCAACGCUCUAAAUCAAAAGGCUUCGGCCUCACUGGAAGCAUCAUGGACCUCACGGACAAGGAGCUCGCCGAUUUGAUGCGGAAGAUCACCCAAAACGAAACCUUCAGGUCCAACGUGAAGAAGGCCUCCGAGUUAUUUCGACUGCUCUACAAAGUUCCGGCGGAGUCCGCGGCCUUGUGGAUAGACCACGUGAUGGAAUAUGGCGGCACCUACAUGAGGUCCGCCGGGCAGCUGAUGCCAAUGUACCAGUUUCUGAUGCUGGAUGUGCUGGGUGUCGUUUCGUUGUCCUGCCUGCUAGCCCUUCUUGUUGUGUUUGGAUUACUCCGCUGCUGCUUUAGGCUGGGUAGGAAAAUCUGUGGCAGAAAACAGAGCUCAAGAAAAUCCAAAAAAGAUUGAAGAAACUUAUGC